CUGGGAAACCACCAGUGGGAAAUUCUAGAGAUUAGCAGGUACCAUGGUGUUAAAAUUGAUGAAAAAGAUGUUAUCUCAUGGUGCUGUUAUUUGGCAAUCAGGUGUUUCAGGUCCCCAAAAAUCCUGUAAGUCCUGUACUCCUCCUAGAAGAAGGAGGAGUCUGAUCCUUCAGCCAGCAAAGUUCUGCUGUCAGAAGAGACUUCCUGCUAUGAACCUGAUAUUACUGGGCAGACAGUAAAGCUCCAUGUCUCUGUUGCAUCUGCAGAACUGGAAAUAAUGCCUCGAAGUACCUACUUUGAUAUAUCUCAUUGUGCAAACAGAAACACAAGAGUCUGAGAGAGCACAAACUGACUGAGGAUCAAGAUGGUCAAGAUACUGAUUGCAGAAAUUGAUGAAAACUUCCUUAGGUGACAUGACUUGGCUUCUGUUUUGUUUUUUUUUUUUUCCGUAACUGCCAUCUUAAAAUCCAUGCCAGACUCAAAAGACCAAAAAAGUAAGAUUGUUUAUAGUAUGCAAUCUAUACACAACUAAAGUCAUUGCUGAUGUGAAACAACUGUCUUCAGUAAAGUUUUACCAGAGUUGAGUGCUGCUCAGUCACACUGUAUGUGUGUUAGCAUGGUUUCUAAGAUACUGAUCACAGCAAUACAAAUAAUUGUAUUUAGAAUAUUCUUCUGCCAUUCUUUUUUGUUGUUCAUUCCAGAUGCAAGUACUCUGCAGAUGGAUGUAAGUCAUGUAGCAUGGGGCCCACAGUUUCCACUCUUCCAUCUAGGAUAAAAAGAAUCUUAUUCCUGUAAAAAUAGCCAGACAUCUAAUUGCAUUUGCUGUGGGUAUACUGAAGGCUGUCUCUCCCAGCUGUUUUCUAUGUGUAGCAUUGGACAUGUAUCUGCACCAUUCUGCUCUGCCUCUUCAGCCAUGGGGUGGGCAGGGAACUUAGAAGGGAACCCUGGGAAGCAGCUUCUGUGUUCAGGAACAGACGCUUCCUUGGCUGUCAGAUAUAAUAGCUCUAAGGAAGAAUCGAUCUCCAUAGCCACUGUAAGAGAGGAAACAAUUCUGAAGAAAGCCCAAGUUCCGCUUUCACAUCUCGUUGUACCUAUACUCCUCGCAGUUGGCUGGAUAGUGGGCUGUGCACUAAUGGUUUACAUUGUCUUCUCCUGAUGGAAGUGAGUGACUUGUACAGCAUCAUGUACUAUCCAUGCUUUCUUUCACUGCCACCUUUUUAAACAUAAUUUCCUUUGUCUUACAGGACAAAAGAAUUUACAGUGAUGUUGAUUAGAAGAACGUGGAUGUUAAACUGAAAUUUCUAAUGACUGUUAUAAAAUGAUUUGGUUUUAAUGUCAACGCUGCAAACAUGGUGUACACUUUUUAUCUACAACAGAAGUUUGAAAUGCUAAUUAGAGCUUUAGAAAGAAUCAUCAAACCAACUUGUCAGGUUUCAAAUUGUUUGUAAUUGAUGGACUAGUUUCUGGAGUCCAGCAGUAGGUCAGAUACCUGCUUGCUUUAUCGUUGCCACAUUGAAUUGAAGCAGUUUGGGAAACUUUUCUCAGAGUUAGUGAUGCAGUGCUGGACAAAAAAGUAAGUUCAGCUCAUUUUUAAGAUGUGCUGAGCAGGGGAAGAAGUAUCUCAAUGUGUGUCGGAAAGUAGUAAGUGAGUUAAGACAAAAAAGUUUUGUAGUAAAAAAUAAAUUACUAAAUUUGAAAUAUGGUGGUGCGCUCUUCCUGUGCCAAGAUCUUACGUGUCAGUGUCUUAAAUAAUUUUUCUGAAACUACAUUACCUUCCUUUUAUAAAAAAGCAGUCAGUCACAGAAGCAUACUAACACAUAAACCAGAAGAAGUCCUUUAGAAAAUGAAAGGCAGACAGGGAAAGUUGCCUGGUAGCAAUGCAUCCUCAAAUGUAUGGCUUGGACUUUCUCAAUUCUAAAUAUUUAAUAGCAUGUAGAUAAAUAUGAAAUUAACUGUCAGUCUCUUCGGUUUACAUGAUGCUCAGGGCCCAAUACUGUAUUUUUCCAUUGGUAACCAAACCAGUUCUUGUCAAAUUAAAUGCUGCUGGACUCGCUGGGCAGUGAAGCAGAUCGCAACCAUGUGGAAUUCAGCCCUGUUUUCUGGCAUGCUGGCAGCCCCCCUCUGCUGGCACCAGCCAGAGUGCAAUCCAGGGAGACUGGAGAACAAAGCUGCAAUUCAAAAUGAACCUAAAUAACUAGUCUGGAAAAAAAUGCAACACAAUAGGUCUGAAAAUUCAAUUUCUACACUUCGCAGGAGCUGUUAAAAAACUAAAAUAGGGGAUAGAAACUACUGGCUGCAUAGCAAUUUUCAGAAAAGAGCCUAGGAAUUGCCAUGUAUCACAUUCUGAAUUCAGGUCAGAAAUGCCAUAAUGGUGGUGUGAAAAGAGAAACACUGUCCUGGGAUGAUUACCAGAAAAAUGCCUUGAGAGAUGCUGAAGCCACCCCCUGCUCUAUAAGCAAGGGUUCGGCCUCCCCGGCCUGCUGCAGCUGGCCCCGCCACUGCAGGAACCAGCUGUGGGUCAAGGGGAAGGAACACACAAGAGAGCAGUAAGAGGGAACUGAGACUGGUAACGUUUAACCAGUGAGACAAGAAGCACACUGGAUAGGUUCAGCCUAGAAAAGAGCAGACAGAAGGAAAUGUAAGUCUUAAAUCUACCAGACUUUUUGAAAGGUGAAGUGAAUAAUCUCUUCUUGGUGAUACAGAGGGCAAGAAGUAGUGAAGAACUAGCAAGUAAGGACUAGUAAGUCCUUAUGGUAGAGGCGCAGAAGUACUGAAUGAAAUUUUUAAGCAUAAUUAUAUUAAUGUUGAUUACUGGAGGCUUUUGAGAACAGGUGAGCAAACAUCCCUUGACAUCCUGCAGGAAUCCUUGUGAUCCUGCCUUGGCGCUUGAGGGCAGUAAUUUCAUAUCUUCUCAGUCUUUAUGACCAAGUACUCCCAUGAAAUUCUGCGGGACUGUUGGCCGAGAAGAGGUAGAACCAACAGAUGGUAACAGGCAAGUACUACUUCUGAUGUUAGGCUUUUUGGCGUGGAAGGAAAACAUUUUAAUGCUGGUUGCAGUGUUAGGAAAAGUCUGUAUAGCAUUGAAUAGGAGGUGAGCUGCAGAUCACCCACACUGCUCAGGUGAAGCCAUGUGAAGGAAGGCAGCACUGCUGUCAGAGCAGUGAGACUGAUUGUGAAGGCUCAUGUUCAAAUUUUUUAGCAGUACCUGAUUUUUGAGAGUUUGAAGAUCUGAUUUGGCACAGUGAAACAGAAUAACUCUCUAGCCUGGCUUCAAUAUUGU